CCGCGCUGUGCUGAAGGGUGGUUUUGAAGAGGCUACGAAAAGAGAGGUACGUUUGGAAGGGAUGGAUAUUGACACGUUCGAGUUCUUUGUUCAUUGGCUAUAUCACCAACGCCUUCCGAACGGAAACAACGAUCCCGAACUCUGCACUCUGUGGGACUCUGGCAAACACCAGGGAGCGGACAAGAUGGGGAGCAUCACACACCUCUAUAUCUUCUGCGACAAGUACGACGUUCCGGUUCAAAGGGCCAAUCCCUAGAUCUCCUGUAUGAGUAAUUCCACGACGAGGAUUAGGUCUUCCUUGGACCCAGGAUAUC